AAAAAAAAAAAAAAAAAUAUAUUGAUGUACCGUGAUAAUAGACAUUGAAAAAAAAAAAAUAAAAUAAUAAUAAUCGAGUGACUCAUGCAACGGAUGCCUGAAGUGUCAAAAUAACAAAUUUAUUUUUUUUGAGUUUUGACGUCUUGAUUAAUACCAAACAAAUAAAGAUAAUUAUCUAAUUAAAUAAAUAACAGUUAAUUAAUAAAUUUUUCGUAUUAAUAAUUAAAAAAAUGGAGGAAGCAAAGUUUUUAAAAAGAAAAGUGAGAUCAGGUAGUUUAGAUGUACAUCCAACAGAAAAAGCUCUUGUUGUUAAUUAUGAUGUCGAGGCACUUAUACUUGGUGAACUUGGAGAUCCAAUGCUUGGUGAUCGAAAGGAAUGUCAAAAAAUAAUUAGACUAAAAAGUCUAAAUGCAGAUACAAAUGUAUCAUUAUUAGCUAAAGAAGUCAUGGAAAAAUGUACAUUAAUUCAUGAAUCAAAACUUCAUGAAGUUGAACAAUUAAUUUAUUAUUUACAAAAUCGUAAAAUCAAUAACGAAGGAUAUGAUAGUAAUGCUCAACCACCACGUCCAACUUCUUCAAAUACAACAAGUUCAGACAAUGGUGAUUUUGAACGUGCAAUAAUAAGUAAUGUUGAUAGUUACAUAGAACUUUUAUAUGAAGAAAUACCAGGUAAAAUAAAAGGUUCAUCAUUGAUAUUACAAUUGGCACGUAUACCAGAUAAUUUAUUGGAAUUAACUAAAAAUGAAUCAUUACUAUCAGCAUUAGCAAGAGUAUUACGUGAAGAUUGGAGACGUAGUAUUGAAUUAUCAACAAAUAUAAUUUAUAUAUUUUUUUGUUUUUCUACAUACAGUCAAUUUCAUAAUAUUGUACUUGAAUAUAGAAUUGGUUCAUUGUGUAUGGAAAUUGUUGAUUUUGAAUUACUACGAUAUGAACAAUGGAAAGAUGAUAUGGAUAAACGUAAAAAACAUUUUGAAACAACAACUGGACUUGUAUUAUUUCCAUCAAUAAAUCAUGAUAAUAAUAAUGAUAAAAAAUUAAAAUUUAUCGAUGAUAUAUGGAAUACAGAUGGACCAAUUGAUUAUGAAUAUAAAAAAAAAACAACAGAUAUUAAUAUGCAUAUAACUGACAUUGAAUUAAAACAUUUAAAGGACGAAUUAGAUAAAAGUAGAAAAAAAUUUAAAAGUUUAACUAAAAAACAAGAACAGUUAUUACGUGUUGCAUAUUAUUUAUUAUUAAAUAUUGCUGAAAAUACUGAAGUUGAAAGAAAAAUGCGUAAAAAAAAUAUUAUUGGUAUGUUAAUUAAAACAUUAGAACGUUCAAAUAUUGAUUUACUAAUAUUAGUUAUAACAUUUUUAAAAAAAUUAUCAAUAUUUCGUGAAAAUAAAGAUCACAUGGCUGAUGAAAAUAUCAUUGAAAAAUUACCAAAAUUAUUGCAAAAUAAUAAUAAUAAUUUUGAUCUUGUAUUAAGUACAUUAAAGUUAUUAUUUAAUCUUUCAUUUGAUACAAAAUUACGUGGUAAAAUGAUUAGAGUUGGUCUAUUACCAAAAUUUGUAAAAUUAUUAGAAAAAAAUGAUGUUAAAAGUAAAAAAAUUAUAUUGGGUUUAUUAUAUCAUUUGAGUAUUGAUGAUAAAGUUAAAUCAAUGUUUGGAUAUACUGAUUGUAUAUCAAUGAUAACUGAUAUGAUAUUAGAAAUUGAUGAUGAUGAUGAUAAUGAUAACAAUAUUAAUAAUAACAAUAAUGGUGGUGAUACUGCUGUUGAUAAUAAAUAUAUAAAACGUGAAUUAAUUGGUUUAUGCAUUAAUAUUGCUGCAAAUAAUAAAAAUUCACAAUUAAUGAUUGAAAAUAAUCGUCUUCAAGGAUUAAUAAAAAAAGCAUUUCGUAAUCAAGAUCCAUUAAUUAUGAAAAUAAUAAGAAAUAUUGCACAACAUGAAGAAACAAAAAUUAAUUUUAUUGAAUUUGUUGGUGAUUUUGCAAUGGCAUUAACACAAUCAGAUUCACAUGAUUUUAUACUUGAAAUAAUUGGUGUAUUGGGUAAUUUAGCAUUAUCUGAUUUAGAUUAUUCACAAAUAUUACAAAGAUGUAAUUUAAUACCAUGGAUACGUAAUAAUUUAGUACCAGGUAAAGUACAAGAUGAUUUGGUACUUGAAAUUGUUAUAUUUUUGGGUACAUCAGCAAUUGAUGAAGACUGUGCAAGAUUAUUAUGUAAAGCUGAUAUAUUAUUAUCAUUAAUUGAAUUAUUAAAAGCUAAACAAGAAGAUGAUGAAAUUGUAUUACAAAUUAUUUAUGUAUUUUAUCAAAUAUCAAUGCAUGAAUCAACAAGAGGUUAUUUAAUUAAAGAAACUGGUAAUGAAGCACCAGGUUAUUUAAUUGAUUUAAUGCAUGAUAAAAAUCCAGCAAUAAGAAAAGUUUGUGAUGCUUGUUUGGAUGUUAUUGCUUUGUGUGAUACAGAUUGGGCAGCAAGAAUUAAAGUUGAAAAAUUUCGUUCACAUAAUCAACAAUGGCUUGAUAUGGUUGAAUCAAUUGCUGUUGAUAGUGCAAAUCAUUUAAUUGCUGAUGAUGAUGAUGAUGAAGAUAGUCUACCACCAUUUAUGAGUGGUGAUCUUUUAAAACAUACAAUGUUAUUUCCUUCUGGCAAUUCAACAUCUUUUAUAACUGAUGAUGGUGAAUCAAUGAUACAAAGAUCAUCUGAUUCAUCAGAUAAUCCUAGUCGACCAACUAGUCGAUACAGUCGUGAUCUUGAUGAAAUAAAUGAUUUAAUGGCUCGAUCAAAAUCAAGAAUGUCUGUUGGCUCGGGUAUCGAAGAUCUUUAUCUCAAUCAAAAACUUAAAUUUACAGAAUCUGAAAGCUCUCAUGUACUAAUUUAAAAACUUAUAUAUUUUAUUUAUUUAUUUUAAUGUUAGCUCAAAUAUUCAUGUUUUAUUAUUCCAACAAAAAUGACAAAAAAACUAUUACGCUUAUUUUUUUUUAAUUCGCAAAAUAUUUAUAUAUAGGUAUACAUAUGAUAUUAUUGCACACUAGUCACGUGCACAUUAUUUAUAAAAUUGUAGUUUUUUUUAUUUGUUGUUUGUAUUGUCAUUACUUGAUAAAUAAUAAUUUUUUUGUCACUAGUCAUUAGAAAGUAUAAAAAAAAUACACAAAAAUCACGUUUAAUAAAAAAAAAAAAAAACAAAUAAAUAGACCAAGUAUUAUUAUCAUUAUUAUUUUGUGAAAGUUGUUUGAUCAAUUUAUGCAAAUGCAAAAUGAAUUAUUACAUUUUUUUUCGAUAAUUUAUUUUUUUUUUGAUUCAAGAAAAAUUUCCAUGAAGAAAAUUCUGAUUAAUUAUUUUGCAUUACAGCUUGAUUAAUCAAUUUUAAUAAAUAUUAAAUUUAUAAAAUAGUUAUUAAUUAAUCCUAAUAUAUUUAUAAAAAAAAAAUUGUCCACAUUUUCAAUAAUAAUCAAAGUGUAUUGACUAUGCAAUGAUUAAAUUAAAUUUACUUAUUAGCUUUAACUGGGUUUUAUUAUAAAUUAUUUAAAAGAAAAAAAA